AUGGCUACCGCCACACAAGAACCCGAGCCUCGCUCGGCCCUAGAGAUCUUCCCAAACCUACGUGAGACCGGAAUCCAAGUGCCACCCGAGACGGCUGAGUUUAUCCAUGAACCGCUCUCCUCACCCUCCGGCUUCCGCCUCCUCCGACUCCUCUCGGAGGAAGGCGACGACAUCCCGCGUUGCGAGCUCAUCCACGACGACCUCGCCUCGGCCACGGUGCCACCCUACGUCGCCGUCUCCUACACGUGGACCGACGAGACCCAGCCCGACGUCUCCCUCCCCAUUCUCGUCAACGGCCGCUGCCUCCGCGUCAGCUAUAACGUGUGGAACUUUUUGCAAAACUACCGCUGCACCAAGAUGGCGCGGCUCCUCUGGAUCGACCAAAUCUGCAUCAACCAGACCAGCGAGGGCGCCGGCGAGCGCACCCAGCAGGUUCAGCACAUGUACGAAAUCUACGCCCGCGCCGCCAGGGACGUGCUCUGGAUCGGCGAGCCCGACAAGGACACGGAAAACGCCAUGGACCUCUUCUUUGCCCUCUCCAACCUCGAGAAGGCCCGCGCGGGGCCAGCUGCGGCGACGUACCCUUUGAGCGAGGAUCUGCUCAACCCACUCUUCACCCAAGCCCACAAUCUGCCCCCGUUCCCAUCCCAAAAGUGGGAAUCCCUGAUGCACUUUGUCUCGAAGCCCGUCUUCCAGCGUGCCUGGAUCAUCCAAGAAGUAGCCGCCGCCGGCAUGACGUACAUGUUUUCAGGCCUUCUCAUGCUCCCUUUCAGCACUCUCGCGUUUGGGGCCACCUUUGUAGCAAAUUCCCGAUGGGACACCCGACUGCACGAUACGUACAGCGUCCCAGGAAAAUUCAAGGCCAUCACCGCCCUGAAGAACUGCCACAUUCGACACCACCUUAAGCAGCCCCAAAGCCUCGAGCUCCUCUUGGCGUCCACAAGGAUAUUCAAGUCGACGCGGCCCCAGGACAAGAUCUUUGCCCUAGUGAACCUCCACCGAGGGCACAGCGAUACGCCGACCCCCAGCCUGCUUGUCCCCACCUACGAGAAGGCGGCACCCCAGGUGUUUCGAGAUGUGACCCGCUACCUCAUCAAUCAAGGAUCACUUGACGUGCUUUCCGGGGUCGAGGACCAGAGUCUCCGCGAAAUUCAGGGCCUCCCGUCCUGGGUACCGGACUACAGCGUCCACCAAGCCGUCACCAUUCUCUGUAUGCCACCACGACGCGACGACAUUACCCUCUACUCUGCCGCGUCAGCGCUUCCGGUCAGGGUUGCCGGUGGUUCGGACAACCCCGAUGUUUUGACUCUUUCUGGCUUUAAGCUUGACACAAUAGCCUCAGUCUCCUCCGCGGACUUGGCAAAGGAGUCCAUGUACACUAAACUGGAGGCAUGUGCCGGUAUGAUCAACCUCGAGCGCCCCUACAGGGGAAUACGCGCACAUCGGCCGUCGACGCCCUCUGGCGUACACUGA